GCGGGCACCCCGGGGCACGGCUGGUACCGCGCCGGGGGUGCAGCCCCGGGGGGUUCCGUGUUGCUGCGGGCGGCCGCGGGCCGGAGGGGUUACGCGUGGCCGCUGUUGUUUGCAUUGACGUUCGUUACCAAGGGUGGCUGAAAGCUGCCGCCUGUUGCCUGUUCUGAGCGUGAGACGAUGCGAUUUUAAGGCCCUGAGAAAUGGGGAACACAAGCAGCGAGCGAGCCGGGCUGGAGCGCCAUGGGCACAAAGCAUCCCGAGGGGACGGCGCGGGAGGAGCCGCCAGCACCAAGGAGGGAGACAGGCCCAAAAUCUUAAUGGACAGUCCCGAAGAUGCGGACUUGUUCCAUUCAGAGGAGAUGAAGGCGCCACUGGAGAAAGAAGAGUUCCUGGCUUGGCAACAAGAUCUGGAAAUGAGCGAUAAAACCCCCACUCAAGCUCGACCAACAGUCUUUCGCUGGACUGGAGGAGGGAAAGAAGUGUAUUUAUCUGGGUCUUUCAACAACUGGAGUAAAAUUCCUUUGACGAGGAGUCACAACAACUUUGUGGCAAUCCUGGACCUGCCAGAAGGAGAGCACCAGUACAAGUUCUUUGUGGAUGGGCAGUGGACACACGAUCCUUCAGAGCCAGUUGUAACCAGCCAGCUAGGUACUGUCAACAACAUCAUCCAGGUGAAGAAAACUGACUUUGAAGUAUUUGAUGCUUUGAUGGUGGACUCCCAGAAGUGCUCAGAUAUGUCUGAGUUGUCAAGCUCACCUCCAGGACCAUACCACCAGGAGCCCUAUGUCUGUAAGGCAGAGGAGCGCUUUAAAUCUCCACCCAUUCUUCCCCCACACCUGCUGCAGGUCAUCCUGAACAAGGACACGGGCAUUUCUUGCGAUCCUGCUUUGCUUCCUGAACCCAACCAUGUCAUGCUGAACCACCUCUAUGCACUUUCUAUCAAGGAUGGAGUGAUGGUGCUUAGUGCUACACAUCGCUACAAGAAGAAAUACGUGACUACCUUGCUGUACAAGCCAAUAUGAACAUCAUAGUAGUUUGUCACCAAACGUUCUGGGCCGGUGCAGUCUCAGAAGAAAAUACUUCUCUUAACCAAAUGUAUUCCUCCUCUGUUGCUGUAGCAAAUGAACUCUGACUUCAUAUUGUCUCUGAGACUUCCAGGUUCUCCUACAUUUGCCUUAUUUUCCUGGUCCCACCUCGGAAGUUCUUGGAAAUGGCAGCUUCAUGUCAACUAGACCGAUGGCAAAUGUGUCAGUGCCCACUGUCAGCUCAGUUUUAAAAAAAAAAAAGCCAAACACCCAAUUCAGUAAGGCUGAAAAAUGUGAGGGCAGCAAAACAGAUUAAGGACCUUCAGUGAGACCAACUAUAGGAAAUAAGGAAGCCAGCCCACAGUCUAGAAAGUUCAGGAUUCUUGUAGAAUCUUAUCUGAGAUCAACGUUCAGCAAAAGCAACGUCCGUUACUGCUUCGUACCUUACGCACAUCAAAGCCACAGUUAUUUCAGGAGCAAGUCCCAAACUUGCAUGGCCGAAAUAAGUGUGAAUAGUGAUGAUUAUUUUGUAGCAGCCUUUCUAGGCUGAACCAUUGGCACAAUCACCUACAGGCUCAUUUUUAUUUUACAGUAGAUGGGGGUGCUCUGUUUCUACUGUGAAUAGCUCUGUAGUUUUUCUCUUCGUGAGAACUGAAAUAAUACAACUUUUCCCCUGUGGAAUUUCAGUUGUUUUUAAAGGCUGGGUUUUUCUGUAAAUCUUAGACGUGGCCUGCAGUAAUCUGCUUUUUGCAACCAAAGUCCCUUGCUGUCACUGUUAACUUCCUCACGCUGGGUGAGCUAGCUGGAAGGAAAGCAGGAGAUUCAGUUGAGAAUCUAGUUCUUCAGGAACAGGCUCUGUCAGCAGACUCCAAGGGAGCUGUAAGUUAUCAGUGUCCCAGCAGCCAAACUUGACUCCUGGUGUGAGCGGGUGCAUCGUGCUGGAUACAGCAGGAUUGCAUUCUGUGCCCAGGGCUAGGGCUGGGCUCCUGCACCGGGUUGCAGCAUUGACUGCAGGUAGAAAAUCCCUGCUGCUUCCAAAGCCAGGCCUGUGGCCAGCUGCACAUUUUAAUCUGUUUAUAUUUUCUAAGUAAGCGAUGGUAUUAAUGCCAGGUUGCCUGUAUGUACUUAAAGGUACUUGCAGCCUGUUUUAUCCCUAAAUAAAUGCAACGUACAGGUAGAACUGCCUGCCAGCAUGCCUCAGGCCUGUCCUGGGGGAAGCGGCUCGGGAGGUGACCUGCUAGGUCUGUUCCUGUUGGUGUUUGGUGCCUGAGAGCACCAGUGCCUGUGCCAAUGACAACCAGCCCCUCUCCUGGGGGCGGGGGAGGAGCACACUGAACAAAUCAGUAUGGAGUUGAAGUGGGGACAAAGCUGCAGCAGCCAGCAUUCAGUGGAACCAGCCACAGCAGAGGGUGGCUUGCCAUCCUCCGCUCUGUUCACUAGCAUCGUUGCAAUAUUCCGAGUAGCUCAGUGGAUGUGGGGAUAGUGCAAUGGUUUUCUUUGAAAACUCUCUUCAUUCUGUGCUACGGAUAUUAUUUGGUAUUCUGAAAUAUGGAAUUGCUUUCGGUUUUUUUUCAGCCUCGUUAGAAACAAAUAAACCAUUUUCAAGGAA